AUGGCAGCCGUGGAAGAAGUCCUCCAAGCUGCAACCGCUGCAGACUGCUUUGACGUCUUGGGUCUGGAGCCAAAGCUGGCAACUUUCGCCCGUCCCGAGGACCGUCUGCGGAGGUGCACGCUCAUGCAGCAAUACACAGAAGCCGAUUUCAAAGCCGCCCUCAAAGUCCGUCAGCUACAAGUGCAUCCGGACAAGAACAAGAUUCCAGGCCAAUCUGAAGCUGCUGCUGCUUUCAGGGAGGUCAUGCGUGCAUGGGGCCAGGUCAGCGACGAGAGCCUGCGCCAAACCUACAGUGCUAACCUGAGAGCUCAAGCCGUACUCCAUCUGCAACAAGCCACGGCGGUGGCCAGCCUGCGCACCGCCGCCCCGGUCACAGCGGAAAUGGAAAGCACAACACCGAAUAUCAUGUGGGAUCUGUUCUACGGAUGCAGGCGCAUGGUUCGCACAGAGAUUUGGAUCAAUGGUGGCGAUCCCUUCGAGCAGACGCUGCCGUGGGAGCAAGAGCUGUCGUCGAGCGAUAAGAUCAUCUAUGCCUUGCUGGCGGCGUCCUUUCUAAUCCUGCUGCUGCGGGUGAUCUCAGCGGCCUUCGAUGCGGUAAGAUUCACUGAGCCAGCUGCGCCUGCUAUCUCAGAAGGACCUUCGGUACCUUUCGAACCCCUGUUCUUCGGCUUAGCUGCACUGGGCGUUCUGAUAAAGGUGGCUAGCAACUUCUCCCUGGGCCUGCUGGCCGCAAAAUGGGUCUUGGCUGGCGAGCAGGUGGGUUUCCCUCUAUUCGCCUGCUUCUGCAUGGUGGCCGCCAACACAGAGCUGCUGGUGUCUGCAGGGCUGGUGUCCCACUUGCGUGCCAUAUUGGUGAAGCUCGCGAUCCAGCGGCAGGUGAAGAUCAAAUUCACCUGCAUCUCGCACUUGCUCGGAUCGCAGGUGGGUAAAUUUUGCGUCAUCGUGAGCGCCGCCUCCACCGUCGUUCUGGUUGUGCACCUGUCGGACCACCCAUUGAAGCUGGCAACGUGGCUGGGCUCCACCCUCGGCCUGCUCCUUUGGGUCAAUGCGAGCUUUAAGAGCAUUGGGCUCAUGUCCAUGGAGGUGUGGGAGGAGAUCAAGCCCAUCAAAUCCUCUUCCGAAGAGAAGUCCGUGGUCGAAUUUGCAGAGAGCUUGUCGCUCCAAAGCGGGCAGCAGGCGCGAUCGUGGUCUGACAUGUGGCGCUUCAAGCUGAGCAAUGAAGAUGAGCUGCUCUUGCAACAUCGACUACGCCUUAUGCAGCAUGCCUACCCUCGGCGCUGGUGGCUGUGGCGCAUCCAUGGCUUCAUGCUUGUCAGCUUCGGUCUACUGAACGCCUGCGUGCCCACGGCGAUCAUUUGCUACUGUUUGUCUCAAGUUCCGCAGCUGCAGCACAUGGAGAUCGUCGGCGGGGCGAUGCCGGACCUGGAACCGGGCCAGAGUGACUACUACAUCCAGCUGCACCCCACAUGGAAAGAGGAUGUCAUGCUGAAGUUCGAGCUGGAGAUAGGCCAGGCAUCGCGGUAUGUAUUCUGUGAUUCUGAGUCCAACUGCGUUGACUUGCAGCCGAAGCACAGCGGGGAUGAGGUACGCUUGUCGGCCAAGAUCCGAUUGGAAUCUUUCGGGACGUGCCGUUUGACACUGCUGGGGCUGCGCUCGCAUACCUACUCCUUCACGGUGCUGGCCCUUCGCUCCCUCAGUAUCGCUUUGGAGCCAUCGCUACAGGAACAAUAUCCUGCCUACGAGAUUGGCCGCCGGCUGUACAGCGCAAGCGCUCUUCCGCCACGGCAUCUGCAGAACUUAUCGCUGAAGGUGAAGUUUGGGUUGGAUGGCGCUCGCAUCAAAAUGGUGCAGCGCGCACAAGGUCAGGGUGGGCGAAAGGCCAUCCUGGACGAGAACUUGAUUGAUUCGAAUCUUCUCACGGAUCUGAUUGAGCCGGCGGUGUCCCCGACGAGCAUGAUCGCGGCCCAGAUGAUGUCUUGGAUCCUGGGGUCGCGACGGUCAGAUGAGAAGGCAAGGAGGAAAUUUGGCGUCAUUCAGUGUUACGCCUUCCUGGGGCACAACUGUGCCAAGCUUGGCUUGUUGCGUUUUGUUGCGCGAGCCAAGGGCAGCCAAAGCAAUGCAAUGUUGGUUAUCUCCGUUGCGGCGACGAUUCGUGUGAAUCAGGGCCGAGUUCUGCUUGGCUCCUGCGCAGAGCUUGCGGGGGAAACUUGGUGGCAUGCCUACACAAGCUGGUUUGCCCAGCAGUCCACGGAGGAGGCGGCAUCGGAUUGUAGCAAUGAUCUCCGUCUGUUCGAACAGAGUGUCACCUCACCAGAUAUUGGUGUCUUGGUGAGUACGUUGCUGUACAACGGCAGUGACGCCUGCGUGGUCAUGGCUGUUCAGGUGUUGCAAAGUGCCAUCCAGCACCUGAUUCAGGCAACCCUAGACAUUCACAACAGAGAGCCACAGGCUGUUCAGAUAGUCCCAUCGAGAUGUGGGGCGGUCUUCGAUCGGCGAAUGGUGGGCCCACUCAUAGCUCAGAUGACCGAGGAACGCUGUCUGUUGCACCCCUGCUUGCUUCCAGUUGCCUUGCAAACAAUAAGCAUCAUAAGCAACCGUGCAGGACGGCUUCAGGAAGCUGGAAGACGUGCUGACAAGCCACGGCAUGUCUCGAUCUUUCGCGAGCAGCACGAUCUACCCUGCAGCUCGGUUCGGAUAUCGAUAACAAGCUCCUACACGCAAUAUGACACGAAUGUCUGCUGUCUGGUGCGCUUAGCUUAG